AUGGGUAGCUGUUGUAGCUGUCCAGAUAAAGAAAAUGUCCCAGAUAACCAUCGAAACAAAUUCAAGGUUAUUAAUGUGGAUGAUGAUGGUAAUGAAUUGGGUUCUGGUAUAAUGGAACUUACUGACACAGAACUAAUCUUGUAUACUCGUAAACGGGAUUCUGUCAAGUGGCAUUACCUUUGUCUGCGCCGCUAUGGCUAUGAUUCCAACCUCUUCUCUUUUGAAAGUGGCCGAAGAUGUCAAACUGGACCAGGAAUAUUCGCAUUCAAGUGUGCCCGUGCUGAAGAGUUAUUUAAUAUGUUGCAAGAGAUCAUGCAGAAUAACAGCAUAAAUGUGGUAGAAGAGCCAGUAGUAGAAAGGAACCAACAUCAAACAGAGAUGGAAGUUCCACGAACUCCCCGAACACCUACCACACCUGGGUUGAGUGGUCAGAGUUUACCAAAUGGGUAUCCAAGAUAUCCCUCCUAUGGAGAUGCUUCAUCCCAUCCCUCCAGCAGACACCCCUCUGUAGGAAGUGCACGUCUUCCUUCAGUAGGUGAAGAGUCAACACAUCCUUUGCUUGUAGCAGAGGAGCAGGUGCAUACGUAUGUGAAUACAACUGGUGUACAGGAGGAAAGAAAAAACAGGCUGGGUGUGCGUACGCCUCUGGAACGAAGGGUUUCUAAUGCAGAAUCAAGCAAGGCGAAAGAAGAAGAAAAUUGUUCUGAGGACAGAGAUGCCCAGGUUGUACUGGAACCUGAAGGAGUCAAAUUUAUUUUGGGCCCAACACCUGUCCAGAGGCAAUUAAUGGAAAAAGAGAAACUGGAAACAAGUGGGAACAGUACUCACGCUAUUGGAAACAGUACUGAAACUAGUGCGAGCAGCACUCAAGCUAGUGGGAGUAGUAACAGUGAAUGGGACACUGGAUAUGACAGUGAUGAACGCAAAGAAGCCUCUUCUGGUAAUAAACUAGCAUAUGAAAAUGUAAAUAGAUUGUCUAUACCUAGUGCUCCAGGGCUCAGGAGAGGUCGUCUGAUAUCAUCCAGUACCUCCGAUACACAGAAUAUCAACAAUUCAGCUCAAAGGAGAACUGCAUUACUGAAUUAUGAAAAUUUGCCAUCUUUGCCGCCAGUUUGGGAAGCCCAUAAGCUAAGUAAAGAGGAUGAUGACAGUUUAGGACCAAAGACCCCUUCUCUGAAUGGCUACCACAAUAACUUAGAUCCCAUGCAUAAUUAUGUCAAUACAGAGAAUGUAACAGUGCCAUUAAGUGCUCACAAAGUAGAAUAUGCACGACGGCGAGACUGUACCCCUACGGUCUUUAACUUUGAUAUUAGGCGACCGAAUUCAGAACACAGGCAGCUCAACUAUAUACAGGUUGAUCUGGAAGGUGGCAGUGACUCUGAUAACCCUCAGACCCCCAAAACUCCUACCACUCCUCUUCCACAGACUCCAACUAGGCGCACAGAGCUGUAUGCCGUGAUAGACAUUGAAAGAACAGCUGCUAUGUCAAGCUUGCAGAAAGCACUGCCACGAGACGACGGUACUUCUCGAAAAACUAGACAUAACAGUACUGACUUGCCUAUGUGA